AUGUUAUUUUAUUUAUUUUUAUUUAUUUUAUUGUAUCAUUUCUUUUUAUUAUUAUUUAUUUCAUCUUUCAUAUUUUCUGAUUGUUCAUUUGUUCUUCAUUAUUUCUUCUAUAUUGAUAUUCUCUCAAAUUAUCUUCUCCAGUUCUUCUAUUGUCAUUCUCAGCAACUCUUCUUUCCUGAUUUGAAUUACCAUUCUUAUCCACUUCUUUGGUAUUUCUGUUUUGUCAGUGGUAUUGUUUUCUUCUUCUUCAAUUUGUUAAAAUUUAAAUCUUUGAUAUUUUCUUUAUUGACCUUGUUUUCUUUUUCUUCUGAUAGUUUGAGAAUUGACUUUUUAAUAUUUCAAUCUUAUCAUUUUCUUUAUGUAUUUCUUAAUUUAUCUUCUAAUUCUUGUUUUUGUUCUUUCAUCUUUGUUAUUUCUUCUUGUUGUUUGUUCUUAUCUUUUGUUUUAUUGUUUCCUUUCACUUCUUCUUUCUUUUCCUUAUUUCUUUCUCCUUCUUCUUUCUUUUUGUAUUUCUCCUUUUCCUUUUUAAUUUAUUUAAUUUCUCUUUCUAGUUCUAUUUCAUUUUCUUCUUUUUUCAUAUAUUUCUAUUAUCUCUUUCUGUUCUACUUUCUUGUUCUUGUAUUAUUUCUUUUAUUGUUUCUUCUUUUAUUCAAUUUCAAUAUCUUUUCUUAUAAUUAUUUCUACAUCUUUUAUUUGUUUAUUCUCAGAAUAAUAUUGAUUAAACAAUUUACCUACAUUAUGGUAUUUGUGGUAUAUACUUACUUUUCUUUUUAUUAUAUUGUUUAUGAUUAUGCUAUUAUUUUGUUAAUAAUGAUUAUAGUUAUAAUAUUAAUAAUGUAUUCUAAAUCUAUUUGUUUGUUCAUAAUGAACAUUGAUUCUACCAUAACCAAACAUAAUUGA